GGGCGGUCGCCGGUGCACGCCCCCACGCGGUGGGACGACCAAUCUCGUAUGCGGCCGCGUUGUAUCAUACUAAUCUUGUUAAAUGCGAGCCGAAAGAUUCUAAAUAUUCACUCUGUCAAAACAUCUCGCUUCUGUUCGCCGUUCGCGCGUCGCGGGCGGUCGCAGGUGACCCGAAGGAUCAGCCCUACUACACGUAUUCUAAGGGGGCGCUUCAGACGCCGUCCGACAGAUGGCCUGAGAGCGCGCGGACGUCUCGACGUCUUUUCUCCCGAUUCGGAACGAACGAGCGCCGCGAUUUCGGAACGGGACUUUUAUUUUCACUUUUUUUUUCAACAUUAUUUUCGGUGGUUUUCGUGAGGUUUUCUUUGUUGUUGGUGGGCCGAUGAUUGAUUGCGAUGGCGACCUGCAUCAGGUGAUGGAGGACAAUUGCACGAUGAGACCUUGUGCCACAGACUUUAGUAUUGCCGCUAUUAUGUCAAGACAUGGGAGAGCCAAAUCCCGUUGUGGUGAUCGCGAACCGCCGGAUGCCAUGUCACCAUUAGAGAAAUUUGUGGAAACGUCUGCAUCGUCAGUAACUUCCACCCCUGAACCUACUGUGGGUUUAGACUGUCCUUUGGCUAGCCCUCAAGUGGAAAGCGGUCGUGAUUCACCCGUAGAUGUGUCUUCAACUUCAGAAACUUCGGUGGCGUCUAAAUCAGGACGAAGAUCUCCCGCAGUCAGCAAAAAUCCUUUGUUGCAAGAAAAGUGCACUAGUGAUGAACUAAGAAAUGUCACAUGUCAUUUAGAAACGAAAGAAUUAUGGGAUAAGUUUAAUGAUUUAGGAACAGAAAUGAUUAUUACCAAAAGUGGAAGCAGAAGGAUGUUCCCGACCGUACGUGUAUCCUUCACCGGUAUCAGAAGCGAUCAACGAUACGCGGUGCUUUUGGACAUCGUUCCGGUGGACAACAAGAGAUACAGGUACGCUUAUCACCGAUCGUCUUGGCUUGUAGCAGGAAAAGCAGAUCCGCCAGCUCCUUGCAGGAUGUACGCCCAUCCGGAUUCGCCAUACUCUGGCGAACAACUCCGGAAGCAAGUCGUCUCAUUCGAAAAGGUCAAACUGACGAAUAACGAAAUGGACAAACAUGGACAUUUGGUGUUGAAUUCAAUGCAUAAAUAUCAACCAAGGAUACAUCUGGUAAAAAGGCCCGAAGGUUCUUCCGGACAAGUGAUAGACUUGGAAAACGAAGAAUACAAGACCUUUAUAUUUCCGGAAACUGUUUUUACGGCUGUGACCGCCUAUCAGAAUCAGCUGAUUACCAAACUGAAGAUUGACAGCAACCCAUUUGCCAAGGGCUUCAGGGAUUCCUCCAGACUGACGGAGUUCGAGCGAGAAACCAUGGAGUCAAUGUUGGCAGAACAACAUUAUCUUCGUUCACCGUUACGACCAUUUGUUGAGUUAGACACUCAUAAUAACAAUUUAUCUUUGGAAGAUAAAGCGAUAUUGGCAGCUCGGUCUCAACUUUUUUUAAGAGCUGCUGCUGCUGCAGCGGCAGGACCUUAUGGUACACUUAUGGGAGGACUUUACGGUGCGGGAGGUUCCCAAACAACUGCGGUUCCCCCGGGUGUCUUAUGGAAUCAAUGGGCUUGCCUGGGACCUUCUCUUCUAGCAGCUCAACACCAACAUCAACUUGCUGUGGCAGCAGCUGGUUCAUCACAAUUAACAUCGCCUAUUUCACCUUUAUCAAGGCCUUUAGCUCAACAUCGAUUCUCCCCUUAUGUUCCACCCCCAAGAUCUUCACCCGAUACGAGUUUAAGGGAUGAUCAUGAACCUAGCAGCCCUUCUUAGGACCUCGCGAUUGUGAUAUAACUGGUUCGGCGCUGAAAAGUUUUAACAAGUACAAGCUAACGAAUUAUUACAGCUGUCAAUAAUUACAAAAUGUUGUAAAAAAUAAUAAUAUGAUUGUAAAUAUACAUGCGACCCCUUUUUAACUAUUAUUGUAAUUAUUUUUAAUUUAUUACGGCGCGAGAACUAAUGCGUUAAGUUAAUCGUUUAUCCGAUGGCAUUUUUUUGCGAUGAUUAGUAAGAUAACUAAAACUGUAGAAUGUUAAUUAAUUAAUUAAUUUAAUCGUUUGGUCUCGUUCCAACUGUAUUUUCUUCUUUUCCGAUCCAUUUUAAUUAUUUCUUUAAAUCAAUUUUAUUUCGAUUAGAUUUUGAAAUGGAAAACGAAAGCGUAAAGUCACCCGAAAAUCGGAUAUGAAUACGCAUGGGCUUGUAUGUUUAAUUUCGAUGUGUGUAUAAAUUAUUAUGUAAAUGAACGAUGAAAAUUAAUAAAAUAUGUCUCAUUUUA